AUGGCUACUACAACCACCUCUACCACCAAUACAACAGCAGCACCAGUGCCGGAGAUACUUCCCCCACGUGAUGAGGGGAAACAACCUGAUCCUUCCCACGUCCUUGAGCAUAUGUCAGGCCCGAAGCUGGUCUGUAAGCCUGCCGUGUCAACAGGAGCUAUCCCAGGGGAGAGCUCAUGCAGCGUGCCCCGCAGUUGUAACCACGUCCGGUGUCAUUCACUUACAAGGACGAGGAAGCCUACAGCAGGAGGAGUUGAGGAGAAAGUAAGAGUUUGUUGUGAUGAGGAGCUUGAGACUUCAUUCACGUAUGUUGAUGAGAAUGUAAAUUUGCGAGUGACCAGCCCAGAAACGAGUUGUAAAAGCACACAUAGGACCACACGUAACGGCGAACCAUGUUCAGAAACACAGCCAGACUUCUCCUGUAUGUCUGAGGAUGAUUUGUCAUUUGGAGACAGUUCUGGGACUUCCAUAGACUACGGUUUUAUAAGUGCGGUCACCUUUUUGGUGACUGGCAUCUCUCUGGUGAUCAUAUCCUAUGUAGUUCCGAGGGAUGUUGAAGUAGAUCGGGACACAGUAUCAGCCAGAGAGAUGGAGAGGUUGGAGACAGAGAGUGCACGGAUAGGAGCCCACCUGGACCGCUGUGUGAUAGCCGGGUUAUGUCUGCUGACUCUAGGGGGAGUGGUGCUGUCCACGCUACUCAUGAUCUCCAUGUGGAAAGGGGAGAUGUACAGGCGGAAAGUCAUAGCAUACUCCAAACGUACAGCCAAACUUUACGGAUCCAUCAGCCUCAAGACCAGAUCCAGUCCUAGUCACUCAUCUGUGCAAGUGUCCAUAGAUGAACUGGAUGAAACUAUAGCCUGA